AUCUCGUUUGGGUAUUGAUAGUUUGGUACCUCCUCCUUUCUCUUCCACUCCAUAGGUACCAGGAGGCUCGCAUUUUCCUUUUGAGGGUUUACCUGAGAGCUACUCCCCCUAUGUGAUCCCACUUCGGCAACUCCGGUGGAUCUCCGAUCAGUUUAAAGGAAAUGGCGGCACCUUCACAUAAUGUUGAGUUGGAGGCUGCAAAAUUUCUGCACAAACUUAUUCAAGAUUCUACAGAUGAGCCAUCAAAGCUAGCUACAAAACUUUUUGUGAUACUGCAGCACAUGAAAACAAGUGGGAAGGAACAUUCAAUGCCAUAUCAAGUUAUAUCGAGGGCCAUGGAGACUGUUAUAAAUCAACAUGGUCUGGAUAUUGAGGCUUUGAAGUCAACAAGGAUUCCUCUGACCAGAGGAGCUCAAAUAGGAGAUUCUGCAUCAUCACAGUAUGCUGGAUCUUCCCAGGCAAGUGGUGUUACAAAAGAUUCUAAAGCUGGCUUGGCUGAAAAUGAGAUGUCUAAAAUUGAUGCAUUUGCCUCUAGUAGGCCACCUGUUGGACCAAGUAGUGUGGCCUCUGCAGGACAAGAUUAUUAUCAAGGUUCUGGAACUCAUAGGAGUAGUCAGUCUUUGGAUCAUGAAAGUCCAUCUAGUUUGGAGACUAGGUCUGCCAACUCACAGUCACAGGACAAACACCAAAAUGAAGGGAAAAAUGCUACAACUAAGAGAAAGAGGGCUGAUUCUUCAUUGGAACCACAUAUUGAGAACCCCCAACUUGAUACUCACAGUGCUGUGGUCAAUACACGGAAAGGGAAGAUGAACAAGGUUGAGCCAUCAAGGGGCUUUUCUGUUAAGGGUGGUGAGAGUACUAACUUCAAUCUGACAACAAGUAGUGGCCAUAUGGAACAAUUUCCAUCGUUCUCUGGUAACAUGAGAGCAAUGCAUAGAGCCACUCAGGAGGGUCAAAAUUUUCCAGAAGGCAUAGUGGAUUCAACAAAUAUUGCCAACAUGAGGGUCCCAAAUUUGCAGUAUCCUGAAGAUGCUGAAGUUUCAUCUGCUCAUAAUGCUUCAGGACAACAAGCGGGUUCACUAUCCUCCAUGCAUGAAGUACUUUCUUCUAGAGGUGUAUGGAAUCAAAACAAGACAGGGGUGCCAUUUGAAAGAUCUCAAGUUCACAGAUUUUCAGCUAAUGUUGUUUCUGGCAACAUGACAACAGAAAUCCCCAUUCAGCAGUCAACACAUGCAUCUGUUGCAUCAGGUGCUUUUGGGAAGGUUCAUGGAGGGAUUCCUGCCACAUCGAGUUCAUUCCCAGCUGGAGAUUUCCCUGUUUCAAUGCAAAAUAGUGGUUCUGAUUAUCAGAGGCAUGGAUUAUCAAAAGGUUUCGAGCAUGAUGGAGGAAGUUCUAAUAUUGUUGCUGAUAAUAGUAACAUAGUACAGGUUGGUCGGCCAAAUAGUAGUUCAGAAAUGUCAAUGAACAGAUCCAUAGCUCCUAGAGACACAGGAAAGUCUCCUCUUUCUCCAUCUCCCACGUUUCCUGCCACGCCUUUCAAGGGACAACAGUUGAAACAACUCAGAGCCCAAUGUCUUGUCUUUUUAGCUUUCAGAAACAAUUUGAUGCCAAAGAAACUGCAUCUUGAAAUUGCACUUGGAAACACCGUUCCCAAAGAAGAUGGAUCUCGCAAAGAGAUUACUGACCAUAGAGGCAAAGCACAAUCUUCAAAUGAGCCAGGAAACAUUUCAGAAGUUGUUGCUCCAUUUGGAAAGAUGAGUAAUGUACCCUCUGGUGCCUUAUCUUCUGGAAGGUUCUUAGAGGCAGAUCACUCAGCCAGAGUAGCUGAAAAAUUAAAAAUAAUGGGGGACAAAAAAGGCCCUUCUCCUUACCUUUCAGUAGUUGCAGAUGAAAGGAAGCCUCUUCUAGCUAUAAGGAAGUUGGAGACUGAAAUUCAGAGUCAGGAGACAGUGGAGUCACAAGCUUUUUCAACCAUAUCAACACAACAACCUGAUUCUGCUACUAUGAGAGGUGGUUUUGUUGUUAGUAACCCUGUGGACGACAUGGUGGAUGGUCAUCUUCAAGUUGGAAAGGUUGAUCAAGCCUCUCCUGUGAUGGGCAUGAAUAAGCAAUUGAAUCCGGAGAUUAGCUGGCCUGGUGUCAGCAGUCAUAAUGAGGUUCCCAGGGCGUCACUAGCUGUCUCUUCUGUUCAGCCUGAGAUGGUACCUGAAAGGAAAGAUAAUGCUCCAAGUCAGCUUCACAAUCCUGAUGGUCCUAAGUUCUCUGAAUUUCAAACAAGAUGUGUCUCAGCUGGGUCCAAGGGUGCUACUACUGAUGACCCACUGAGGAAUGGUGUCUCUUUUACUUCAGAACAAGAUGAGGAAGACAAGUCAGUGUCUGCUGAUUCACCACCAUCUCCAAAGCACACCAUGUCAGAGAAAUGGAUUAUGGAUCAGCAAAAACGGAAGCUCUUAACUGAUCAGAAUUGGAUUCUAAAACAGCAAAAAACAAGGCUAAGAAUUGCUGCCUGUUUUAACAAGUUAAAGGAAAAUGUGAGCUCCUCUGAUAAUAUAUCCACAAGAACCAGAAGUGUCAUAGAACUGAAAAAACUUCAACUGUUAGAGUUGCAACGCCGUUUACGGAGUGAUUUUCUUAAUGAUUUCUUUAAGCCAAUCACAACUGAUAUGGAACGCCUGAAGUCAUUUAAGAAACAUAGACAUGGUAGAAGGAUAAAACAACUUGAGAAAUAUGAGCAGAAAAUGAAAGAGGAGCGACAAAAGAGAAUUCGUGAGAGGCAAAAGGAGUUCUUCAGUGAGAUAGAAGUUCACAAGGAAAGGUUAGAUGAUGUGUUUAAGAUUAGAAGAGAACGUUGGAAGGGUUUCAAUAAAUAUGUAAAGGAGUUUCAUAAAAGAAAGGAGCGCAUUCAUCGUGAGAAAAUUGACAGAAUUCAACGUGAGAAGAUUAACUUGCUCAAGAUCAAUGAUGUGGAGGGUUAUCUACGAAUGGUUCAGGAUGCCAAAUCAGAUCGUGUUAAGCAACUACUUAAAGAGACUGAGAAAUAUCUUCAGAAGCUUGGAUCCAAGCUACGGGAGGCGAAGGUUAUGGCACAGAGCUUCGAGAAUGACAAUGAUGAGGUGCGAACAGCAACUGUUGCUGAAAAUGAAACUGCUGUUGAGAAUGAAGAUGAAAGUGAUCAGGCAAAGCAUUAUAUGGAAAGCAAUGAAAAGUACUACCUGAUGGCUCAUAGCAUAAAAGAGAACAUCAGUGAGCAGCCAACUUAUCUUCAGGGUGGAAAACUAAGAGAGUACCAAAUGAAUGGUCUAAGAUGGCUGGUUUCACUUUACAAUAAUCAUCUGAAUGGCAUUCUUGCUGAUGAAAUGGGCCUUGGGAAAACUGUCCAGGUUAUCUCUUUGAUUUGUUACCUGAUGGAAACAAAAAACGAUAGAGGACCAUUUUUAGUUGUUGUGCCAUCUUCAGUUCUGCCUGGAUGGGAAACGGAAAUCAAUUUCUGGGCCCCUGGAAUACAUAAAAUUGUCUACGCAGGGCCUCCAGAAGAGAGGCGUAGGUUAUUCAAGGAAAGAAUUGUACAUCAGAAAUUCAAUAUCCUCCUGACAACAUAUGAGUAUCUGAUGAAUAAGCAUGACAGACCUAAACUGAGCAAGAUACACUGGCAUUAUAUUAUAAUUGAUGAAGGUCAUCGUAUUAAAAAUGCUUCUUGCAAGUUGAAUGCUGAUUUGAAGCAUUAUCACAGUUCUCACAGAUUGCUGUUGACUGGAACUCCAUUACAGAACAAUCUUGAGGAGUUGUGGGCUCUACUUAAUUUUUUAUUGCCCAAUAUAUUUAAUUCAUCAGAAGAUUUUUCUCAGUGGUUCAACAAACCAUUUGAGAGUAAUGGAGAUAAUUCAGCUGAUGAAGCUUUAUUAUCUGAGGAGGAGAAUCUGUUGAUCAUAAACCGCCUGCACCAGGUUCUUCGACCAUUUGUACUUCGGAGGCUAAAGCACAAGGUUGAAAAUGAACUUCCUGAGAAGAUUGAGAGACUUGUAAGAUGUGAAGCUUCUGCAUAUCAGAAGCUCUUAAUGAAGAGGGUUGAAGAAAAUCUCGGUUCCAUUGGAAAUACAAAGGCUCGAUCGGUGCAUAACUCUGUCAUGGAGCUUCGUAACAUAUGUAAUCACCCAUAUUUAAGCCAGCUUCAUGCAGAGGAGGUGGAUAGUUCGCUACCAAAACAUUAUCUGCCAUCAUUGAUUAGACUUUGUGGAAAGCUUGAGAUGUUGGAUCGAUUACUCCCCAAGCUGAAGGCAACUGACCAUCGGGUUCUCUUCUUUUCCACAAUGACUAGGUUGCUUGACAUUAUGGAAGAGUAUCUCACAAUGAAACAGUAUCGCUACCUUCGGCUGGAUGGACAUACAUCUGGGAAUGAUCGUGGUGCUCUUAUUGAUGGGUUUAACAAACCAAAUUCUCCUUUUUUCAUAUUUUUGCUCAGUAUUCGGGCUGGUGGUGUUGGAGUCAAUCUUCAAGCUGCUGAUACUGUGAUCUUAUUUGACACUGACUGGAAUCCUCAGGUUGAUCUGCAAGCACAAGCAAGGGCUCAUAGGAUUGGCCAGAAGAAAGAUGUGCUUGUUCUUCGUUUUGAAACAGUCCAAACGGUUGAAGAACAAGUUAGAGCUUCUGCUGAGCAUAAACUGGGAGUUGCUAAUCAAAGCAUUACUGCUGGUUUCUUUGACAAUAAUACAAGUGCUGAGGAUCGUAGAGAGUACUUGGAGUCACUAUUGCGGGAGUCUAAGAAGGAAGAAGCUGCCCCAGUAUUAGAUGAUGAUGGUCUAAAUUAUCUCUUAGCUCGCAGUGAGUCAGAGAUUGAUGUAUUCGAAUCAGUUGACAAACAAAGGCGGGAAGAAGAGAUGGCAACAUGGAAGAAGUUGGUAUCAGGCCAAGGGAUUGAUGGUUCAAGGCCCCUGCCAGCCAUGCUGCCAUCUCGCCUCGUUACAGAUGAUGACUUGAAAGAAUUUUAUGAAAAGAUGAAGUUAUAUGAAGUGCCAAAGACUGCAGUAGCAUCUAAUGUUGGGGUAAAGCGGAAGGGUGAAUAUCUUGGGGGUCUUGAUACUCAGCAAUAUGGAAGAGGCAAACGAGCAAGAGAAGUGCGCUCAUAUGAAGAACAAUUGACAGAGGAGGAAUUUGAAAAGAUGUGUCAGGCUGACUCUCCCGAAUCCCCCAAAUUGAAGGAGGAAAUAAUUGAGAGGAACUUGCCAAAAGGCACAUCAAUUGAACUUGUUGAUAGCUCAGAACCCCUCAUUUCACCUGUGCAGCAACCACCACAAAUGGUGGAGGUUUUGCAGGAGCCGCAGCAGCAAAAUAAAGACGCAACACCAUCUAAACGGGGUCGUGGAAGGCCAAGAAGAACAACUACAGAGAAAUCUCCUACUGCAGCACUGCCUCCAGCACCUUCUGGUGUUGGCAAAGUAGACGUUGGGUUACAGAGAGGGAUAGAUUCUAGCCCUUUAGCAACCUCCACUCCUAAUGCUUGUUCUUCUUCUACUCCUGACUUGCAGCCAAGUGCACUUUCCCAUUCUAGCACUCCUGGUUCUCAGACUACUCCUACUGGCCCUUCUGCAGUCAUCCAAUCAAGAGGUCAAGGUCGAAAGGCUCACAGUGGAGGACAAGCACCUCGGCGGCGGGGAAAGAAACAAGAACCAGUAUCUCAUGCUGUUGCUGAUAGUCUAUCUGCUCUUUCUCCGAAAGUAAAUGAGGAACCACAGAUUAAAUCUCCUUUGGAUGGUCAAACAAUUAACACAAGUGAAACUACUUCAACUGCUCCUUUAGCCAACAUUGUUGCUGUAGAGUGCAGCAGUGGAGCUAAGGAUGCUAGGAUUGCUUUGGAUUCUCACUCUGCCCUUCCUUCUGCUGAUACUACCAUUCCUCAGUCCUGUCCAACUGUCCCUUCCAUACCUGUCCAAGUUAGAGGUCAAGGCAAAAAGGGUCAAACAGGCACUGGAACACCUAGGCGGAGGGGAAAGAAACAGGCACAAGUAGCACCUGCUAUUCCAGAUGUUUCAGCAGGUCAGGAUUCAAAAUUGAAUCCACAACCACUGGAGAAGUCUGCUGACUCUUUGAAGGGUAAUCAAGAAGAUGCUCAGGCACAGAUGGAAGUUAUGCCGGCGCAAGUGCAGAGAAUAAGUGCACCUGCCACUGGAGGUGGUGAGGAUAAAAAAUCAAUUGAACACAAUGAUUUUGUUGGCCAUCAGGAACAGCCCGAGAGUUCAUCAGGAGUGCAUGAAGACACUGUCAUAUCCCUUGGUCCUGCUGCUGGACUAAUUCAAAAUGCUGAUUUGCAUGGAAAGGCUUCCGUGACAAAGGAGGUUUCAUCUGAAGGCAGUGCUUCUAAAGGUAAUUCUGAUGAGUGCCACAAUAAUGAAGGUGGGGCUGCCCAGGCUGUACCUGUAUUGAGUAAAACAUUAACUGAGGUGGUCAACAACCAAAGUUCAGACAAUAAAGUGCAUACAGCCAUGACAAUGGUUAAUACAGCUUUAGUUUCUAGUUCCCCAACUGAUUGCUUGUCUGCUGCUAAUCCUCUAGAGAGUGCCAAUAAAACCAUGAAUCAGCUUGCUGCCAACAUUACCUCCAGCUCUCAGGCAUUUCCAACUUAUUCUUCUGUAGCAUCAGUACCUCAUUCUGCCCCUCUUUGUGCUCCUGAAUCUGUACCAGGUAGAAGGCAAGGUCGAAAGACCCCAAAUAGAACUGAAGCACCCAAGCGCAGGGGAAGAAAACCUGCUGCUCCUGAUGGUUCAUCUGGCCAGGAUCCAAAGCCUAAUCCAUUGGGAAAUAAAGCUGUUGCUGUGAGAAGCAAGCAAGAGACUGCCACUCAUGAGGUGUCAAAUGUUAUCCAGGUACAUGCAGCUGAAGUUCCUUCUCCUGGUGGUUUAGUUGGCCAAGAUCCAAAGAGGAAAGAGACUCCAGCAAUCCCAGCAUUUAGCCGAAUUCAGACAGCUGAUAUAAGUGAUGUUGCUCGAGUGAUGAAGGAAAUUUUUUCUGAUACCUGCUUAUCAAAAGCUAAAGUUGGUGAGUCUUCUGGGAAUGAAAGUAGGAAUCUUCCUGCUGACCCUUUAUCAAGUGUGGAGGUGGCUAAAAAUCAUUGUCCAGUUAGUGAAGUGUGUUCGAACUUGCCAGCUCAAGAAAAGGCAGCUCCAUCUUCUGAUGUUCCAAUUGACGACCAUAAGAAGCAGCCAGUGGCAGAAAGUGACAGUGGUUCUGUUAAGAAGCAGCCAGUGGCAGAAGGUGAUGUGACAGAGGAUGACAGUGGUCCAGUCAAGGAACAUGUUUCUGAAACCGAUGCCUGCAAACCUGAGUGCAAGGCAGCUGCUGUCCCUGUGAGCAUUUCAGAGUUGAAAAAUAAUGAAAAUUCAUUAAUGGAAUGUUUGAACUCACCAGCUCUUGAAAAGACAGCCCCAUCUAUUGGUGUUCAGAUUGAUAUACAGAAAAGCCUAAAUGGUUCAGAAGCUAAUUCAAAUGCAACCCUUCCAGUUAUGGCCAGUGUUCCACAAACUGAAGCCCUGAAACCUGAAUGGGAGGCCCCUACCGUCUCUAAGACCACUGUUGAUGCAGAUUCAAGAAAAUUUCCCAAUGAAAACCAUGAUAUGCAAUGUGUGAAAUCACCAUCUCUGGAAAAAGCGGCUCCUUUCGUUGGUCUAGAUAAAAUGCUGCCUGGGAUAGUUGUUGAAGCGAAAGAGGCAGGUGGCAAUGCUCCCACUGUGAUUGAGGCCUCUCUUUCUGGAGCUGAUGGUUUCGAACCUGAAUGUGCUGUCACCUCCUGCUCUGAGAACAUUGCAGAUUCAAGAAAAGAUCUGACUGAUAAUUCAGUAAUGGAGUGUUUGAACACACCAGCUCUGGAAAGAGAUGCUCCAUCUUGUGAUAUUUUGAUUGAUAAAAAUGAAGAGCAACCUGGGAUAGAGGUUAAUGCCAAAGAACUUGGAGCACAAGGAGGGGCGGUUGAUGAAGCUGAUAGUGAUCAUGUUGAGGUUUGUGAUGUAAAAGAUAAAGCCACAGAAGCACAAGCAUCAGCUGGGCCAACAUCAGAAACAGCACUUGUAGUUUCUAAUCUUUCAAAUGAUGACCAUAUCAAACCGUCUGGGACUGUGGCUGUUGCUAUGGGAUCAGAUGACUUUGCUGUAGUGGAUCUUACCCCUGUUUCAGAAACCAUUGCUUUGCAACUUGAAUGCAAGGACACUGUUGGAGAGAGUAACAUGGAGAUUGAAUGUAGAGUUCCUUCCUGUGCUGGCGCACAGAGAUCAGAGAGUCCUGAUGGAUUUGGAAAUACUGAAUAUAAUCAUGUUCAGGUAGGUAAUGCAGAAGUUAGGUCCUUGGAAGAUUUGUUGAAAUCUGGUGAGACUGAUAAUACAGAGCUUGUUCAUGAUGAGCAUAGAGGAAAAGAUCUGUCAGUUGAAGUUGAGAGAUCUGCAAGCCAUUCUAUCGAUGCCUGCAAGGUAGAAAACUGCAAUGAUACAGAACCUAUGGAAGUCACCACUAUUGAAUCUUCCAAUAUGGAGGUUACUCAGAAUGAUAAAUGUAGAACUGAACCCCAAACAGAAGAUACUUCACUGAAAUCUGGUGACUCAGAGAAUAUAGAGCUUAUUAGCAAUGAGUGUCCUGGGCAGCAUUUGUCACUAGAAGUUGAGAUAUUUGAGGGUGAUACUGCUGAGAUGUGCAAGGAUGGAAAACCCUCAGAAGCAGAACCUAGGGAAGUGAUCGCUGUUGAAUCUGCAAAUAUAGAGCUUCAGAAUGACCAAGGUAGAUCUGAGCCCCAGUCAAAUGAUCACUUGCCAAAAUCUGCCAGUUUAGACUCUGAUAAUAUGGAUCGUGCUUUCAAUGAGCAUGCGGAGCAACCUGUGUUGCUAGAAGUUGAGAUAUCCAGUGGUGAUUCAGUUCAAGCCUGCAAUUUUGAAAAACCCUCAGAAAAAGAACCUAUCGUCACUGUUGAACUUGAAUCUGGAAAUAAACCGAAUGAUCAAGGUAGAACCGAGCUCCAGGCAGAGGAUCCUGUUUUGAAAUCUGAUGAUACUGAGCUUGUUGAUGAGGAUGUUGGGCAACAUCUCUCACCAGAAAAUGGGAAAUCCAAGGGUGAUUCAGUUCAAGCCUGCAAUGUAGAAAAACCCUCAGAAGCAGAACCUAUGAUCACUCAUGUUGGGCAACUUCUCUCACCAGAAGAUGAGAAAUCCAAGGGUGAUUCAGUUCAAGCCUGCAAUGUAGAAAAACCCUCAGAAACAGAACCUACCAUCACUGUUGAAUCUGGCAAUACACCAAAUGAUCGAGGUAGAACUGAGCUCCUGUCAGACGAUCCUGUUUUAACAUCUGGUGAUAUGGAGCUUUUUGACAAGCAUGUUGGGCAACAUCUCUCACCAGAAGAUGAGAAAUCCAAGGGUGAUUCAGUUCAGGCCUGCAAUGUAGAACCCUUGGAAGCAGAAUCCAUGGAAGUCAUCACUGUUGAAUCGGGCAAUACACCAAAUGAUCAAUGUAGAACUGAGCUGCAGUCAGAAGAUCCUUUGCUGAAGUCUGAUGACCCCAACAAUACAGAGCCUGUUGACAACAAACAUGGUGGGAAACAUCUCUCGCCAGAAGUUGAGAGGUCUGAGGGUGAUUUUGUUCAGAUCUGCAAUAUAGAAACUAUGGAAGUCAGCCUUGUUGAAUCUGCUAAUGAACAGAAUGAUCAACGUCAAACCAAGCUCCAGUCAGAGGAUCCUUCGUUGAAAUCUGUUGACUCCAAUAACACACAGCUCAUUGACAACUCUGAAAACGCUUUACAAGCUGAACCUACUGAAGUCCCCAUUGUUGAUUCUGCCAGUACACAGAAUGAUGAAGGUAGAACUGAGCUCCUGUGUGUAGAACCUAGUGGAAGUCCAAAGCAACCAACAGAUGGAAGCAAUGAGGUCAGCAAUAUGGAAAUAGAACCUGUCGAAGCUAAGGUCUCUUCCCUGACUCAGAAUGAAGCUAACAGCUAGAAACCUUGCUUAAAGCCAUAGACAAAUUUGAAUGAAGGUGAACCACCUUCGGGUCACCUUUGUUAUUAUCAAUUAUUAUUUUUUGAUGGUUGAUCACUCUAAUUAUUAAUUCAAUUUCACCUCUAGAAUGUAGAUAGUUACCUAAUUGUAGGGUGUUGUAAAUCCCUCUACUGUUAAGAUGCAAGUCCAGAGCCCUGGCUGGGAUCACCAGGAGUUGAUGUUUCCCAGUUGUGAAUGAAUUCAGAGAAACCUGAGAAAUCAUUGUUUUAAUAUUAAAGGCAAGGAUUCAUC